AUUUUUAACAUAGCAUUGGAUUUCUACACUGUUCUCUCUUCUUUGGCACGAGUGAAGUUGAGAUUUCUGUAUGUUAUAAUACUUUUUAAUAAAUAAAUAAUUGUUACAAGCUAAAUAAUGAGAGAUUUUCCACGAGGAGGUAAAGAACUUAUUGUUCUGCCUUCAUCUAAUUUACUAUCCGGUAAAAAUGGAAAACAUAAAAAAGAAGGGAAAUUACAUCGAAAAAAUAAAAAUAAAAGUGACAUUUCAUCUGAAAUCGAUGCGAAUUUUACACCAAACACUGCUGACUGCUUGACCUACACGACUUUGUUGGAAGGAAUGAUCGUUCUUGCUCGAGUUCAUGCAGUCACAGAAUACAAUAUUGCAGUGUCUCUACCCGGACGUAUUGGCGGACAAAUUCCAAUUACAAAUAUUAGUGAAUCUUAUAAUAAUUUGUUACAAAGUUUAGUUGAAUCAAAAGGUUCCCAACAAGAUGAAUUUAAAUCUCUUUCUGAUCUAUGUAAACGUGGAGAUUAUCUUGUUUGUUAUGUAAAAAACACUGAUGCAUCAGGAAAAUAUCGAAUAACUCUUUCAAUAGAACCGCAAUUAAUUAACCAAAGUUUAAAUCUUUCACUUCUACGGAAAGGUGCUAAAAUUAUUUGUUCAGUUGCCAGUGUUGAAGAUCAUGGAUAUGUUGUGGAUACUGGAAUCAAAACCCUUCGAGGAUUUUUAUCAAAUAAUGAUGUUCAGAAUAAUCUUAAAUACUAUCCCGGUCAACAGAUUUCUUGUUACAUUAAAACAUUAAAGUCUGAUGAGAAUAUGACAACAAUUAAAUUAACUACAAAAUCCAAAUCUGACCAACUCGUAAUUUCUGAUGACCAACCUCUGGAUGGAUUAAUUCCUGGCAUUCGUUUAAACUUGAACAUUAGUAAAAUUUUGUCUAAUGGUUUACAAGUUACCUUCAAUGAAUCCAACAUCGGUUAUAUCAAUCAACUAUAUUUGAAGAAACCUCUUUCGACAUACGAAAAAGGAUCAGAAAUUUCUGCGACACUUAUGUAUGUUCUUCCAACAGUUAAAUAUGCAUAUUUCUGUCAAUGUUCUCUUAAUAAUGAGAAAACAUCCAUAGAAGUUGGAGAAAUGAUAGAGAAUGCGCAAGUAUUAUUCAAAGAAUCGAGAGGUGUAGUUUUUUCUUUGAAGAAAGGAAUUCGAGGCUUUCUGCCAUUUAAAAGAGCAAACGUUGAUCACGAAAAAAUUAAUGAAACAUUUACUCCUGAUUCUGUUCACAAAUGUCGAAUCAUCUCUUACGAAAUGUUUGAUCGAGUUUAUAUUUGUUCAAUGCAACAAAGUGUAGUGAAAGGAAAUACUUUGAUUCCUGAAGCAAUACAUCCUGGAGACAAAACAACAGUAGAAAUAAUUAAAAUUAAUGAUAAUGGAUUUCUUGUAGUCAAAUCUGGAUCAAUUCUUGGUAAUGUGGCACCAGAACAUGUACAUGACGUUGAUGAAGAAGACGCGAAACCACUGAAAAUUGGAGAUAAGGUUGAAGCUAGAGUUUUAGGACAUCAUACUCAAGGCAAUGGAAUAAUGUUUACCUUAAAGAAGUCGCUAGUUAACAGUAAAAAAAAAAUAUUAAGUGAUAUUAAUGAUGCUAAAAUUGGACGAAAAUAUCAAGCAGUAGUCAUUUCUGUCCGUGAUGAAGGAUUACUUGUGAAAUUUUAUGAGAAUUUAAAAGGCUGGAUACCUGCUAAACUGUUGGAUAAAAAAAUCGGUGGGACUAAAAAUUAUGUUGUAGGACAAGUAGUGAUGGUAACAAUUAAAGAAAUUGACAAAGAAAAUGGAAAAUUAAUCUUAUUUAUGUAUGACAAAACAAAAAUGAACAAGAAAAAGGAGGAUGCACUAGAGGAAUUAAAGAUUGGAAGUCUUGUUGAAGGAUCAGUUGUCGAAUCAUCUAUCAACGGAAUUUAUAUACGAAUUAAAAUAAAAAAUGACUCUGAUACUGUUACUGGAUUCUUACCAGCAGGUCAUAUGGCACCUUGUACAGAAAUUGGAACUUAUCUAUCUGCUAAAUAUGUCCCUGGAGAUAAAUUAUCAGCACUAGUUUUUUCAGUAACUCCAGAAUUAUUAUUAUCAAGAACUUUUACUCUGCAAAAAGAAUCUCCGGUAUUUAAUAACCUCAAAGUAAAUGAAUGUAUUCCUUGCUCUAUUAAGGAAAUCAGUACAAACGGUUUAAAAGUGAUUCUAUCAGUUGAAGAUUUCAAUGAUUAUGGGGUUAUACCUUAUCAUAAGGUAGAUAAUACCGAAGCUCUAUCAACGAAUCAAUUGUUAUUUGGAAAAAUAACUGGAAUUAAUAAAAAAGAAAAGAAACUAUUUCUGACAACUUCUUUACACGAAAUAUGGACUGAAGUUGUGAAAAAUGAUUCUGAUAUGAUUGCAGCUGUUGAUCUAUUAACAUUAUAUUUCAGUAAAUUAAAAGAGUUGUGCAAUCAUGAUUGCUAUAAAAAUAAAAAAAUAGCUUCGAUGCAUUUAGGUCAAAGAGUAUCAGGAAUUGUUGACCAAGUUACUGAUCAUGGCUUAAUAGUAAAACUUGAGAACGAUGUAAUGGCCACAGUACGUCAAAAUCAUUUCUAUGGAACGUUUGAAAAAGGAGAUGAAGUUAAAGGAUCAGUUUUAUGGGUCAAUUAUAUCCAUGAAAUUGUGGAAAUCACUCUUAUACCUGCUUUGGUAAAUAGAAUCACUGUCAAACAAAAAAAAUUAUCCGAAACAUCUACAGAUGUCCAAUUAAGAGGUGAAAUUCUUUUAGUGACUAAUUGGUUCAUUUUAGUAUUAUUGAAAGGUCAAGCCAAAGGGACCUUAGCUGCUUUACCUGCUAGAAGACAUAUUAAUGACUUAGAACCUAACCUUCGUCCUUAUACAGUUGGAAAAGAAAUCAGAUGUUAUGCCGUUCUUGGUAAAAAUGAGACUGAUUUACUUCCUAUCUGUCUAGUCAAAUCUGCUUUUGAAACUAGAAAAUCUGCAUUGCUACAAAAAAAUUCCUUGAAACGUGAAAUUAAAAAAGAUAGUGAAGAUAAUGUCACGGGUAAAAAAGUUAAAAGAUUAAAAGUUUCUAAUAUUAAUUCCAAUAAUUCAGUUGAAAUCGAAGAUGAACCAAAUGAUAAAGAUGAUAAAACUAUAAAAGUUGAAAUAACUAAAGAAAAAAAGGAAAAUAAUGAUGAAAAAAAAUCUAAAGAUGUUGAAGAUCUGAUGAUACCUGAAUGUAAAUUCUUUUGGGAUUCGAAACCUGAUCCAGAAUUGCUUAAACAACUAUCAAGUGAUAGUGAAGAUGAUGAUGAAGAAGAUACCGAGCCGAAACAAAAGAAGAGAAAAUUAAAUGCUGCUGAAAGACGAGAACUUGAGAGACAAAAAGAACGAGAAAUUCGUGAGCGAGAAGAAGCUUUAGCUAGUAAUAAAGCACCUAGCUCUGCGGAUCAAUUUGAUAGACUUGUUCUAGCAGAGCCCAAUAAUUCUAUGAUCUGGAUGCAAUACAUGGCAUAUCAUCUCCAAGCGACGGAAAUUGAAAAGGCACGAAUGGUUGUUAGAAGAGCAUUAAAAACUAUUAAUUUCCGUGAAGAGAAUGAAAAACUUAAUAUGUGGAAAGCUUGGUUGAAUUUAGAAUCUCGAUUUGGUUCCUCUGAGAGUUUAAAUGACGUUUUCCAUCAAGCAAUAAAUGCAAAUGAUUCUAAAAAAAUUCAUCUGCAUAUGCUAACAAUUCACUUGGAUGCAGAAAGAAAAACAGAGUUAGAGAAAACUGUGAAAGCUAUCAUAGGGAAAUUUAAAGAUGAUGUUGAAGUAUGGAUUGAAUGUGGAACUGCUUUUGUUAAAAUAGGAUUGAAAGAGAAAUCGAGACUUCUUAUGCAACAAGCACUUCAGUCUCUUCCAAUUUCAAAACAUGUUUAUUUGAUGGUGAAAUUCGCUCAAGCAGAAAAUAAUUAUGGUGAUAAAGAGAGAGCUAAAACUUUAUUUGAGAACAUUUUAACUUCAUACCCUAAAAGAGUUGACGUGUGGUCAACUUACGUUGAUUUCUUGGUAAAGGACAAAGAAUAUGAGAUUGCAAGGAAAGUGUUAGAGAAAGCUGUUGCCCAAACUUUGCCACCAAAAAAAAUGAAAACACUCUUCAAGAAAUAUGUUGCAUUUGAAGAGCAGCAUGGUACUCCUGAUGGAGUAGAUUAUGCUAAAAAAUUAGCUGUUUCAUAUAUUGAAAAUAUAAGUAAAAAUCCAGUUAACGAAUAAUUUAUAAAAAAAUAUUAAAAUUUUUUAUUUAGACAAAAAAA